AUGAGCCCCCAGGCAAAACUAAUCUUCGUCACCAGCCUACUCCUAGGAUCAACAAUCACAAUCUCAAGCAACCACUGAAUUAUGGCCUGAACUGGCCUUGAGAUCAACACACUAGCCAUUCUCCCCAUAAUCUCAAAAUCACACCACCCGCGCGCCAUUGAGGCAGCAACCAAAUAUUUCCUAGUCCAAGCAGCCGCCUCCACCCUCGUUCUGUUUUCUAGCAUAACUAACGCAUGGCAUACUGGACAGUGGGAUAUUGCACAGCUAACACACCCAACAUCCUGCCUGAUCCUGACAGCAGCCGUUGCCAUAAAACUAGGACUAGUCCCAUUCCACUUCUGAUUCCCUGAAGUCCUCCAAGGCACUUCCCUCACCACCAGCCUCCUGCUAUCAACGGUCAUAAAAUUUCCACCGAUUACCCUACUAUACCUCACAUCUAGCUCAUUAAACCCUACACUGCUAACUACCCUGGCUGUGCUAUCCACAGCCCUGGGAGGAUGAAUAGGCCUUAACCAGACGCAAAUCCGCAAAAUCCUGGCUUUCUCCUCCAUCUCACAUCUAGGCUGAAUGGCCAUUAUUCUCGCCUACAACCCUAAACUUACUUUACUUAACUUCUACCUGUACAGCCUAAUGACUGCGGCCGUAUUCCUCACCCUAAACAGCAUAAAAGCGCUAAAACUAUCAACAUUAAUAACUGCAUGAACAAAAGCCCCAUCCCUCAGCACUAUUCUCAUUAUCGUAUUGCUAUCCCUAGCUGGUCUUCCCCCUUUAACAGGCUUCCUACCAAAGUGACUCAUCAUCCAGGAACUUACUAAACAAGACAUAGCUCUCACAGCAAUACUCAUUUCCCUACUAUCCUUACUCAGCCUAUUCUUCUAUCUUCGCCUAGCAUACUGUACAGCAAUCACACUCCCCCCUCACACGACAAAUCACAUGAAACUAUGGCACAUUAACAAACCAACCAACGUUUCAAUCGCCAUCCUAGCCACCCUCUCCCUCACUCUCCUCCCCCUCUCUCCCGUACUACUUGCUAUUGUUUAA